UCUACCAAGCUGGCAGCACUAGAACAGCUGUUCCAAAAAGUUGUAAACAAUUUCCAUCUAAAAUGGAAAUGAAGGACUAUUACACCUGGACUUACCCGGAUAUACCGGAAAAUGUGGCCCAGGAACUGCGGAAGCUGAAUUGUUCAUUGGUUGUGGUCGGAAUCGUGGGCAGGUCAAAAUGCGACCAGGCCAACAAGAUGCAGGCCUUUGGCAUGGAGCCUCCGAUAGAGCACACGGCCAGGGAUGGUCAGGUGCAGUGCUACUACAAGCCGGGCACCAACAGCCUGCUGCUCCAUUUCGAGACCACCUACGACGAGGCGAUCCUGGGUCAGCUGAUAGAUGCCUGCAUGGAGAACCCGGACAUUCCCUUUGACUUCGAUAGCUUCUACGAGAGGAUGCGUUCCCGUUUUGUACGCAUGAUGCUCCUUGCCUUGCAUGUCUGCCACAUUGUGGUGUACGUAGAAACUGGGCAGACCUUUGAUCCGACGCUUGUCACUGUGUUCCAGUUGCUCAAGUUCGCCCGGGAGCAGCAUCUGAUGCAGUUCCUGCCGCAAAUGCUGAGGGAGACCCCCGCAGCCAGGAUGGGCGAAAAGGCACGGCUAUGUGCCCCCAGGAUUCUGUUUCUUUUCGAAAACUUCCCCCGGGACGAGCCAAAGACGCGCGAAUGCGUUUCUGCCUACGAGUUCCAGACGGAGGACUGCAUCUAUGAGCUGCUCCGCCACCAUAACAUAGUGACGAACAGCAGCAACAGUUCGCUAGUGGCGCUGCCUAACAACAAGCAAUUCGUCUUUUUCAACGCCCACGAAGAGUUGCAUCCAGACAAGUUGUUAAAGGCUAUCGAAUGCCUCAACCUAGCGAUGUACAAGCCCGAUGCCAAGGAGGAGGAGGAAGACCUGGAGAUCCUUGAACUGGCUCCCUUCGAGGGCUUUGUCAAGCCCUUCGGCGCUCCGCUUGAUGAGAAGGAGUUGGAGAAGCAGCAGUACAAAAAGGACCACACGGUGUGGCACUUUCUGCAGCGACACGUUCAGGACGCUCUGUUGGGUUGCUUCGAUGAGGGCUCCUUCAAGCAACUGCCCCAUUUGGGGCAGUUCCACCUGCUUAAUAUCCAGGAGUGGCACGACUGGAUGGACACGCUGUAUAAGUUGCUCGUGGAGAACGCCAGGAAUCCGAACCAAGAGACCAGCAACGAAGAUUACAGACUCUUCCUGCAGAGUUUCGACGAGAGCUUGAAUUAUGAAAAAAAGUUUUGGGCUCACCUGUGCGAGCUGGGCCUAAAGAAGGGCAUAUCAGCUUACAAGAGCGCUGCACCCGCGAACUAUGGCAGCUCCACCCACAAGCAGCUCCUGGCAGAUGCCACCGUUGCCUUUGAGGAGGAGGGUCGCGGUCCACAGGCAAAGGCGGCUCUGGCCAAGCUGGCAGCCGUGUGCCAGAAGCACUGGCAGGAUGGGCGGCAACAGUGCGAGCAGCUUAGCCUGCGCUCCCACCCCUGCACCCUGCCCAAAAACGUGCCGCACGACAAGCACAACAGCGGGGUGAUCCACAUAUCCAGUUGCAACUGUGGCCGCACACAGGGUCGCAGAGAAGAUCCGUUUAACCUGCGGCAAGCGAAUUACGAGUUCUACGAGCACAUAGCCCAAAUGUGCAACCUGUGCGUGAAGGUUAAGCAGUACCAGUUUCCUAUUUUCGAGCCUUCUGUUAGUGAUUACCGGGCGGCGGCCUUUGAGGCAGCUUUUCCCCUGCUGCACACGGGAAAAAGUGGUCCGCCGCAAGACGAAGAGGGCGCAGAGGGUCUGGAGGACGAGGAGGAAGGUCAAGAGCAACAGCAGCCGGCGGAAGAGCAGCCCCAGAACUCCGCCAGCAACGGCUGCUCCCAGCCCCUUUCUCCCACCUUUGGAUCCGACCUCAACAUGUCUAUAGCUGGCUUUGGAGCCUCACUAAACGAGUCGGAGGCCAGCUCCGAGCAGUUGACGCAUUCCGAGGCGAAUUCGACGAGCAGUGACACUUCUAGCGCCGAUACGGAAAACGAACUUGUGGUUCAAAUUCAAGAGCCUGUGAAGAAGGAGAGCCGUAUAGACGCCGGCCCUCCCGAUAAAUAUUCCACCUCCACAACGGAGUAUUUGCCGGGACUGGUGCACACGGUCAGUGACUUUGGCCUUCUGCCGCUCUUCCCAAGCUGGUCGCUGGCCUGCGUGGGUCCCAGCUCCAUCUACAGUCACAACACCGGGCUGCAGGAGCACUUCCAAAGCGGCUUCUUGUCCGGCGCCAAUUUCCUGUUGCCCUGGGAUGUCCAAUUGCGGCUGGUCCAUGCCCCCAAGCAGCAGCAGCACCACUCCCACCACCAGCAGCAGCAUCCCGGAAAGAAGCAACAGCGCUGGAAGAAGCAGGGCGAUAGGCUUUCCCUCAAAAUCUUCGUGGGAAUGGAGUACGAGUGCUCGCGAGGCCAUCGGUUCAUGAUGUGCGCCCCGGAUCGAGUGUUGCGCGGCGGAGCGGACAUCGAGCGGGACACCUGUAGCAAGGUGGUACACAACAACAUGCCGCUGUACUAUCCCUGCCCGUGCCGAUCCCAGACAAACUACCUGGCCCAGCUGAUGCGCAUCCAUGUGGUGACGCCCAAGGCGCCGGUCAAUAUCAUUGUGGAUCCCAAGGUGUGCGUGGGCAAGGGAAAGUACACCUUCACCCUGGGCAGCAUAAUCCCACCACGUCUGUCGCAGAGCGCCUAUUGGAUUAUCCGGCUGCCCUUCGUCUACCAGGGCGACGAUGUGUUGAUCGCUCCGCCGGAUAAGCUGGAACCGGAUGAUCCGCUGGCCGGCGGUUACCUGCUGCCCGGGAUGUUUGGCGUAGCAGAGACGGAUCCCACGCUGGAGCUGAAUGAACCUGGACGAAUGGGGGUGUCCGCCGCGGGAAAUUUCACUAGAAUUUAAAAGCUUUUGUUAGAUCAAAUCUACACAAAUAAAACAGAGACAGUUAAAUGCAUAAAA